ACUCUAGUAGUAGUCUUAACACAAUUUCAGUUAAAAAGAAGAAGAUGAUAUCUCAGCCACAGUACAACCACUCCUCCAUCAUCUUCCACCACCACAACUACCGUCUAAUUAUCGCCGGAGCCGCAAUCAAACCAACCCACCUCUGUUGUCUGUCCUCUGCCAGGGACCCCACCACAACUCCGCCCACAAACCACCGCAGACACAAUUCAAAAUCAACCCAUCUCCUCGUUCACCACUUAAAUCCACCUGAACAAGACCAACCCCAUCAAGAAGCUUAUUUUAAGCAACCCCAUGAAGAAAAAAUGGCCAACAAAGAGCUUCUUGAGUUGUCACUAGCUAGAAAGAGAACCCCUCAAUUUCCUGGCUCAAUUUAUCCCCAUUCUCCUAGCGAUGUUGGUGAGGGUGUGGAUGUGGCUGGUUACUCUUCUAUGCCGCCAAUACGGAAACUUUUGAAGGAUAAUGAUAGUGGUGAGGUGGAUCGAGAGAUGUUGAUCAAGGCACUUGAGAUUAGGAGAAAAGUGGUUAUGGAGAUUUUUGUUGAGGCAAUGGUAAAGGGCAAGUUUGGGAUUACUUAUGCUACUAAUUUGGCUUCUAGGCUGCCUGAUUUUAUUGACUUUGUUAUGAUUCAAGCUGCUUCUUUGAAGAAUUUGCCCGAAUUCACGGGUUCAUCUUUUAAUUUUCGGGCUAAGUAUGUCAUUGAUGACUCUAAUGUUGUGCCAGUGAUCAGGUGGUUGAAACACAAUGAGCUGCCGUAUCCACAUAUUGGGAAAAUCAUAUGCAAGUCAAGAGGAGAUCUUGAUUCCAUUACACGAACUGCUGAGUGGCUCAAGACAAUCCAUGUGAAAGGAAGAAGCAUUGGAAUUGUGAUGAUCAGAGCAGGAGAAGAUAUAUUGGAGCGAAGCAGAAAAGAAAUGGAUGAGAUUGUUGACUACUUAGAGAGCAAUGGGGUUAGGAGAAUAUGGAUGGGCUAUGUGAUGAGUCGGUGUCCUGAAUUGCUAUGUAUGAACUUGGAAGAAGUGAAGAUCCGGUCAGAAUUUUAUUUGGAUAUGGGAAUGAAUUACCAUGAUUUUGGAACAAUGGUUUACGACUUCCCCAAAGUGCUUGGUUACUUAUCUCUCGAAGAGAUGAACCAAAAGGUUGCUUACUUGAAGGAGUUCGGUCUCAAUAGUGAAGAAGUUGGCAGAUUACUUGCAUCUAAGCCGCAUUUGAUGGGUUGUAGCAUUGAAGAAAGAUGGAAGCCUCUGGUAAAAUACCUAUACUACCAUGGGGUUUCACGAGAGGGCAUGAGAAGAAUUAUUACAACAAAACCGAUACUUUUUUGUAUUGACUUGGAGAGCAACAUUGUCCCAAAGGUUCAAUUUUUGAGGGACAUAGGAGUUCAAGAUGAUGCUAUUGGCAAUGUACUUGUCAAGUUCCCUCAUUUACUAACCUAUAGCCUUUACAAGAAGAUACGACCAGUGGUGAUAUUCUUGUUGACAAAAGCUGGAGUAACCCAAAAGGACAUUGGAAAGGUGAUUGCAUUAGGGCCUGAGCUUUUGGGAUGUAGCAUUUCAAAGAAGCUGGAUCCUAAUGUGAAAUACUUCCUGUCUCUUGGAAUUAGACUUAAGGUAUUGGGUGAGAUGAUAGCCGACUUCCCCAUGCUACUGCGUUACAAUACAGAUGUACUUCGUCCCAAGUACCAAUACUUGCGAAGAACAAUGGUCCGCCCUCUAAAUGAUCUUAUCGAAUUUCCCAGGUUUUUUAGCUACUCUCUGGAAGGCCGAAUAAUCCCUAGGCACAAGAUUAUGGUAGAAAAUCGUGUUAAUUUUAAGCUCCGGUACAUGCUGGAGCCAGACACAGAUUUUGAUAAAAGAGUUCAGGAAGCGGUUGAAAAGCGCCGGAAAUUUGAGCUUGGAUUCAACGGCGCUGCAGAAUCAGAGGCUCAAGCUGAAGGUUACACAGAUAAUAUACCAGUUGAUGCAUGUGACCAUGACUAUCCUUCCUCAGAUUCUGGGACUAUUACGCAGACAAUGUAGUUAGAACACAACUCUGCAAGUCCUUUAACACGUAUUUCAGUGAGAGGGUGCAUCUCUGUAAUGUAGCAUAGUUGUAUAUCUUAAAGUCAAAAUACCGACUUCCAGAUAAUAGUCCAUUAGUCUGUACAUAUUAUAAUUGAUCAAUUGAAAAAAGUUCAGUAUUUCCACACAAAGAAUUUUUUUAAAUAAGUUUCUCUUUUUGUUUCUUGA